AUGAGCGGCUCUAACUCUCGGAACAAGACGGUAGCCACAGUUAAUGGACCGGACACCGAUAUGGGGCCGGCUGCAAAUUCCAGGGAGCGAAAGUCCGGUGGAGAUGUGAUGAAUAGACUCAAGUCGCGACGAAAUCAAACUGAUAAACAGCGGCCUGUUACAGAAGAGGAACUCAGGGCGCUAGGAAGAGACAUCACACCAGAUGAAAUCCUUGGUCUGUGUGCUGUUACACGGGGUAUGUUUGGAGUUAGCUACAGAUUGUUAAAGCAUAUAAUGUGAUUUAACCAAUUACUUUUGGUAUCCAUUACUGGGAGUUAGUUACUGUUUGAUGUAGCACAGUUGUCCGUGUCCAGUUGUAGGUAGUGCGUUUGAAUUUGGGGUUGGACACACCUGUCUAAAUCAAUGAGUGAAGAUUUGAAAUGGCCAAGAUGGCUGCAUACACAAUGUUGGAUUACUUAAUGGAACAAAAAAUUGGUUAAUUUUAAUAAAGGAGCAUUUUCUAAAUUCAAACGCACCACCUGCAACUGGACACAGACAUUUUAGAAGAUACACUGAACAAAAAUAUAAAUGCAACAGGUAAAGUGUUGGUCCCAUGUUUAAUGAGCUGAAAUAAGAUCCCAGAAAUGUUCCAUAAGCACAAAAAGCUUAUUUCUCUAAAAUGUUGUGCACAAAUGUUUACAUCCCUGUUUGGUGAGCAUUUUUCCUUUGCCAAGAUAAUCCAUAGACCUGACAGAUGUGGAAUAUCAAGAAGCUGAUUAAACAGCAUGAUCAUUACACAGGUGCACCUUGUGCUGGGGACAAUAAAAGGCCACUCUAAAAUGUGCAGUUUUGUCACACAACACAAUGCCACAGAUGUCUCAAGUUUUGAGGGAGCGUGCAAUUGGCAUGCUGACUGCAGGAAUGUCCAUCAGAAUUUAAUGUUCAUUUCUCUACCAUAAGUCGCCUCCAAUGUCAUUUUUGAGAAUCUGGCAGUACGUGCAACCGGCCUCACAACCGCAGACCAAGUGUAACCACGCCAGCCCAGGACCUCCACAUCCGGCUUCUUCACCUGCGGGAUCGUCUGGGACCAGCCACCCAGACAGCUGAUGAAACAGUGAGUUUGCACAACCAAAUAAUUUCUGUACAAACUGUCAGAAACCGUCUCAGGGAAGCUCAUCUGCGCGCUCGUCGUCCUCACCGGGGUCUUGACCUGACUGCACCGGGGUCUUGACCUGACGGCAUCAUAACCAACUUCAGUGGGCAAAUGCUGACCUUUGAAGGCCACUGGCAUGUUGGAGAAGUGUGCUUUUCAGGGAUGAAUCCCGGUUUCAACUGUAACGGGCGUAUGGCGUUGUGUGGGUAAGCGGUUUGUUGAUGUCAAUGUUGUGAACAGAGUGCCCCAUGGUGGCGGUGGGGUUAUGGUAUGGGCAGGCAUAAGCUACGGACAACGAACACACAAUUGCAUUUUAUCAACGGCAAUUUGAAUGCACAGAGAUACCGUGCCAUUCAUCCACCUCCAUGUACGGCCCCAUGUUUUGCACAGAUCUGUACACAAUUCCUGGAAGCUUAAAGUGUCCCAGUUAUUCCAUGGCCUGCAUACUCACCAGACAUGUCGCCCAUUGAGUAUGUUUGGGAUGCUCUGGAUCGACGUGUACGACAGCGUGUUCCAGUUCCCGACAAUAUCCUGUGGUCCUGUGUGGCUCAGUUGGUAGAGCAUGGCACUUGCAAUGCCAGGGUUGUGGGUUCGAUUCCCACGGGGCACCAGUACCAAUUAAAAUGUAUCCAUUCACUACUGUAAGUCACUCUGGAUAAGAGUGUCUGCUAAAUGACUAAAAUGUAAAUAUUCAGCAACUUCGCAAAGCCAUUGAAGAGGAGUGGGACAACAUUCCACAGGCCACAAUCAACAACCUGAUCAACUCUGUGAAGGAGAUGUCGUGUUGCAUGAAGCAAAUGGUGGUUACACCAGAUACUGACUGGUUUUCUGAUCCAUGCCCCCGUCUUUCUUUUUAAGGUAUCUGUGACCAACAGAUGCAUAUCUGUAUUCUCAGUCAUAUGAAAUCCAUAGAUUAGGGCCUAAUGAAUUUAUUUCAAUUGACUGAUUCCCUUAUACUCAUUCCCAAGCUUUGAAAUUGUUGCAUGUUGCGUUUUAUAUUUUUGUUCAGUGUACAUGUUUGGCUGAAUCGAGAACGAAGAUAGUAUCGCCAAGUUAAGGUUGGUCAAAUUCUGUGUGCUACACCAAACAGUACUUAACCUGUAACUCCCAAUAAUGGAUACCAAAAACCUUUGGUUUAAUCACUUUAUCUGGUGUAACAAUCUGUAGCUAGUAUGGAGCGGAUUGAUUGGAGCUGAUGAUAGAUGGGAUUUGGAUAAGAUUCAAGUUAAUCAAUGUAGCCAUCUAUUCUUAUUCUAGCUCAUCUAGCUAGCUAGCGUGUUAACUAGUUGGCUAGCUAGCUAACUUGAUGUGGCUGCACAACAACACUGCAUACCUCGCUUUGUAGUGAGUUAGUUGACUUUAACUAGCUAGCUAAGUUUCCACAAUGUUUUGAGGAAGCCAAACAAAGAAUCUGUGAACACACCAGAUUCCCUGUCUGUAUGUGCCGCUUACUACGAAUUUCCUUCCAGAUUAUCUAUGUAAACCUGAGGACAAUGUCUACAAUAUUGACUUCACACGUUUCAAGAUCAGAGAUCUGGAGACUGGGACAGUGCUAUUCGAGAUUGCUAAACCUCACAACUGUGGUAAGCUCAAAUAUCUCUUGCCCAACAUGAAGUUUAAAACUUUUCCACAACACUUUGCCACAACAUAAAUGACAGAUCUUGAAUAGGCCACAUCUUAAAAGGUAAACUCCGCAAUAUGCCAUCAUCAUAAUACAUACUGGCGUGACUUUCUGCUUAUAGAAAUCAAGCCGGGGUCACUGUCAGCUUGAACAGGGCACCAGGCUCAAUCUGUGAGACACCCCAGCUGCUGAAACCAUUGCAGUCAUUGCUAACCGAUGCACUGGGGUUAGGUUGGGGCACAAAACGAAUGCUGAAAUCUGCCACACAUGACACUUGGCUCUUUACAAUGUGGACUUGCCUCAUUGGAAGGUAUAUAUUGGGACAGCCCAUAGUUUUGGCAGAUUUGAGCAUUAGUUUAGUAAGCAGGAAGUUGCCCCGCCGUGUAUGAUGAUGUCAUAUCAUCAUACACAGAACGACUCAGGAGGCGCGCACACCAUCCACCGCUUCCGAGUAUAUUACUUGCUAAUGUUCAGUCUCUGGAUAAUAAAGUAGACGAGCUCAGGGCGAGAAUCUCCUUCCAGAGAGACAUCAGGGAUUGUAACAUACUCUGUUUCACGGAAACAUGGCUCUCUCGGGAUAUACUGUCUUUGUCCAUACAGCCAGCUGGGUUCUCAGUAUAUCGCACAGACAGAAAUAAUAUACUAUCCGGGAAGAAGAAAGGCAGGGGUGUUUGUUUCAUGAUUAACCACUCAUGGUGUGAUUGUGAUAACAUACAGGAACUCAAGUCCUUUUGUUCACCUGACCUAGAAUACCUCACAAUCAAAUGCCGACUGUAUUACCUCCCAAGAGAAUUCUCUUCGGUUAUAGUCACAGCUGUGUAUAUUCCCCCUCAAGCCGAUACCACGACGGCCCUCAAAGAACUUCACUGGACUUUAUGCAAACUGGAACCACAUCCUGAGGCUGCAUUUAUUGUAGCUGGGGAUUUUAACAAAGCCAAAUUUGAGGAAAACGCUACUGAAGUUCCAUCAACACAUUGACUGUAGUACUCGCGCUGCUAAAACACUCGACCACUGCUACUCCAACUUCCGGGAUUCCUACAAGGCCCUCCCCUGCCCUCUCUUCUGCAAAUCUGAUCACGACUCCAUUUUGCUCCUCCCUUCCUAUAGGCAGAAACUCAAACAGGAAGUACCCGUGCUAAGUACUGUUCAACGCUGGUCUGACCAAUCGGAAUCCACGAUUCAAGAUUGUUUUGAACAUGCAGACUGGGAUAUGUUCCAGGUAACAUCAACGAAUACACGGAUACGGUGACUGAGUUUAUUAGGAAGUGUAUAGGAGAUAUUGUACCCAUUGUGACUAUUAAAACCUACGCUAACCAGAAACUGUGGAUAGAUGGCAGCAUUCCCGCAAAACUGAAAGCACGAACCACUGCAUUUAACCAUGGCAAGGUGACUGGGAAUAUGGCCAAAUACAAACAGUGUAGUUAUUCCCUACGUAAGGCAAUCAAACAGGCAAAACGUCAGUACAGAGACAAAGUGGCGUCGUAAUUCAACGGCUCAGACACGAGACGUAUGUGGCAGGGUCUACAGACAAUCACGGACUACAAAAGGAAAACCAGCCACGUCGCGGACACCAACGUCUUGCUUCCGGACAAGCUAAACACCUUCUCCCGCUUUGAGGUUAACACAGGGCCACCGACGCGGCCCGCUACCAAGGACUCUGGGCUCUCCGUGGCCGACGUGAGUAAGACAUUUAAGAGUGUUAUCCCUCGUAAGGCUGCCGGCCCAGACGGCAUCCCUAGCCGUGUCCUCAGAGCAUGCGCAGACCUGCUGGCUGGAGUGUUUACGGACAUAUUCAAUCUCUCCCUAUCCCAGUCUGCUGUCCCCACUUCCUUCAAGAUGUCCACCAUUGUUCCUGUACCCAAGAAAGCAAAGGUAACUGAACUAAAUGACUAUCGCCCCGUAGCACUCACUUCUGUCAUCAUGAAGUGCUUUGAGAGGCUACUUAAGGAUCAUAUCACAUCUACCUUAUCUGUCACCCUAGACCCACUUCAAUUUGCUUACCGCGCCAAUAGAUCCACAGACGAUGCAAUCGCCAUCGUACUGCACUAUCCAAUCUGGACGAGGAAUACCUAUGUAAGAAUGCUGUUCAUUGACUAUAGCUCAGCAUUCAACACCAUAGUACCCUCCAAGCACAUCAUUAAGCUCGGGGCCCUGGGUCUGAACCCCGCCCUGUGCAACUGGGUCCUGGACUUCCUGACGGGCCGCCCCCAGGUGGUGAAGGUAGGAAACAACAUCUCCACUUUGCUGAUCCUCAACACAGGGGCCCCACAAGGGUGCGUGCUCCGCCCCCUCCUGUACUCCCUGUUCACCCAUGACUGUGUGGCCACGCACACCUUGAACUCAAUCAUCAAGUUUCCAGACGACACAACAGUAGUAGGCCUGAUUACCAACAAUGACGAGACAGCCUACAGAGAGGAGGUGAAGGCCCUGGGAGUGUGGUGCCAGGACAAUAACUUCUCCCUCAAUAUCGACUAAACAAAGGAGCUGAUCAUGGACUUCAGGAAAUAGCAGAGGGAGCAUGCCCCUAUCCACAUCGACGGGACCGCCUUGGAGCAGGUGGAAGGCUUCAAGUUCCUCGGCAUACACAUCACUGACGAUCUGAAAUGGUCCACACAGACAGCGUUGUGAAGAACCUCAGGAGGCUGGCACCGAAAACCCUCUCAAACUUUUACAGAUGUACAAUUGAGAGCAUCCUGUCGGGCUGUAUCACCGCCUGGUACGGCAACUGCACCGCCCACAACCGCAGGGCUCUCCAGAGUGUGGUGCGGUCUGCCCAACGCAUCACCGGGGGCAAACUACCUGCCCUCCAGGACACCUACAGCACCCGAUGUCACAGGAAGGCCAAAAAGAUCAUAAAGGACAACAACCACCCAAGCCACUGCCUGUUCACCCCGCUAUCAUCUAGAAGGCGAGGUCAGUACAGGUGCAUCAAAGCUGGGACCGAGAGACUGAAAAACAGCUUCUAUCUCAAGGCCAUCAGACUGUUAAAUAGCCAUCACUAGGCGGUUUCCACCCGGUUACGUAACCCUGCACCUUAGAGGCUGCUGCGCCAUAUACAUAGACUUAAUCACUGGCCACUUUAAUAAUGGAACACUAGUAACUCUGUUUACCUAUUUUUGCUUUACUCAUCUCAUAUGUACAGUUGAAGGCGGAAGUUUACAUACACUUAGGUUGGAGUCAUUAAAACUUGUUUUUCAACCACUUCACAAAUUUCUUGUUAACAAAUUAUAGUUUUGGCAAGUCUGUUAGGACAUCUACUUUGUGCAUGACACAAGUAAUUUUUCCAACAAUUGUUUCAGACAGAUUAUUUCACUUAUAAUUCACUGUAUCACAAUUCCAGUGGGUCAGAAGUUUACAUACACUAAGUUGACUGUGCCUAUAAACAGCUUGGAAAAUUCCAGAAAAUGAUGUCAUGGCUUUAGAAGCUUCUGAUAGGCUAAUUUACAUAAUUUGAGUCAAUUGGAGGUGUACCUUUUGGAUGUAUUUCAAGGCCUACCUUCAAACUCAGUGCCUCUUUGCUUGACAUCAUGGGAAAAUCAAAAGAAAUCAGCCAAGACCUCAGAAAAACAAUUGUAGACCUCGACAAGUCUGGUUCAUCCUUGGGAGCAAUUUCCAAACGCCUGAAGGUACCACGUUCAUCUGUACAAACAAUAGUACGCAAGUAUAAACACCAUGGGACCACGCAGCCGUCAUACUGCUCAGGAAGGAGACGCGUUCUGUCUCCUAGAGAUGAACGUACUUUGGUGCGAAAAGUGCAAAUCAAUCCCAGAACAACAGCAAAGGACCUUGUGAAGAUGCUGGAGGAAACAGGUACAAAAGUAUCUAUAUCCAAAGUAAAACGAGUUCUAUAUCGACAUAACCUGAAAGGCCGCUCAGCAAGGAAUAAGCCACUGCUCCAAAACCGCCAUAAAAAAGCCAGACUACGGUUUGCAACUGCACAUAUGGGGACAAAGAUCGUACUUUUUGGAGAAAUGUCAUGUGGUCUGAUGAAACAAAAAUAGAACUGUUUGGCCAGAAUGACCAUUGUUAUGUUUGGAGGAAAAAGGGGGUUGCUUGCAAGCCGAAGAACACCAUCCCAACCGUGAAGCACGGGGGUGGCAGCAUCAUGCUGUAGGGGUACUAUGCUGCAGGAGGGACUGGUGCACUUCACAAAAUAGAUGGCAUCAUGAGGAAGGAAAAUUAUGUGGAUAUAUUGAAGCAACAUCUCAAGGCAUCAGUCAGGAAGUUAAAGCUUGGUUGCAAAUUGGUCUUCCAAAUGGACAGUGACCCCAAGCAUACUUCCAAAGUUGUGGCAAAAUGGCUUAAGGACAAUAGAGUCAAGGUAUUGGAGUGGCCAUCACAAAGCCCUGACCUCAAACCUAUAGAACAUUUGUGGGCAGAACUGAAAAAGGCCUACAAACCUGACUCAGUUACACUAGCUCUGUCAGGAGGAAUGGGCCAAAAUUCACCCAACUUAUUGUGGGAAGCUUGUGGAAGGCUACCCGAAACGUUUGACCCAAGUUAAACAAUUUAAAGGCAAUGCUACCAAAUACUAAUUGAGUGUAUGUAAACUUCUGACCCACUGGGAAUGUGAUGAAAUAAAUAAUAGCUUAAAUAAAUCACUCUCUACUAUCAUUCUGACAUUUCACAUUCUUAAAAAUAAAGUGGUGAUCCUAACUGACCUAAGACAGGGAAUUAUUAAUUAAAUGUCAGGAAUUGUGAAAAACUGAGUUUAAAUGUAUUUGGCUAAGGUGUAUGUAAACUUCCGACUUCAACUGUAUAUACUGUACUCUAUUCUACUGUAUUUUAGUCUAUGCCACUCCGACAUUGCUCGUCCUAAUAUUUCUAAUAUUUAUAUAAUCCUUAAUUCCAUUAUUUUACUUUUAGGUUGUGUGUAUUGUUGUGAAUUGUUAGAGCUAGAAGCUGUUGGAGCUAGAAACACAAUAACAUCUGCUAAACAUGUGUAUGUGACAAAUAUAAUUGGAUUCUGAGUCUACUCAGAAGGGCCCAGACUAAAUUAAUCUGUCUAUUAUUUCAAGUAAAACCAAACAAGCCAAGUUAUUCCCUCUAUGAUAAUUAAUGUAGUCCUUACGCAAAUGUUGUAGAUAUAAUUUUAGGUUGAAAUCAGAGAUGACCUGUUGUCACUUAUUUGGAUGCCAAUUACAUUUGAAUCCAUGUUCUCUUUAUCAGACCCUGAAGAUGAGGAGAAUGGAGACGGAGACACCAGUGCUGGGCGCUUUGUGCGGUAUCAGUUUACACCAGCCUUCCUCAGACUGCGGACUGUUGGUGCAACGUAAGUCAGUGGAUUAAACAGGAAACAUUACAUGCAUUAUCAUUAUUAUGAAUCAUACGACUCAUCAUUGAAAAACCACAUACUGUGGUUAGGCCUAAAUGUUCCAUAGUAUGUGCUUUCCCUUAUGCUGACAAAUUAUGUUAUGUUUCGUUUGCUGGUGUGGCUUACCAGCACAAUAAACUGAGUCUUGCAGCUCUGGCAACCACUUAAACUACAACAGAGAGGAUUUGGCAGAGCACACAGCUGGGAACAAGACUAUUGAAAGAAUCAUCCUACUUUUAGACUUUAAAAAGGAAAAUAAAUGGUCAAUGAAUAAAUCUACAAUUCAAAUAGUUAAAGCAAUUUAAUGCAGGUAGCACCCACAGUUAUGUUCAGCAUGUCCCUGCUAGUAUCUCAAGUGCCUCUCUUUCUACUCUGCUUUCAGUGUGGAGUUCACCGUGGGGGACCAGCCUGUUAACAGCUUUCGCAUGAUAGAGAGGCAUUAUUUCCAGAAUAAAGUUCUCAAGAACUUUGACUUUGACUUUGGAUUCUGCAUCCCAAACAGCCGCAACACUUGCGAACACAUCUAUGAGUUUCCCCAGCUCCAUGAGGACCUCAGUAAGUCUACUAGUAGGAAUAGCGUACCUAUCUUUGUCAUCCAGCAAUGCCCUCUCUCACUUUGUCUAUCAACUUUGUUGUAGCCUGUGUGGGUCCCUACAAGCUAAAGUUCAGACUGGCCACAACAUAGCUGGCCAAGUCUGUAAAUCUACACUAUACACAUCCAUACAGAGUCAGUCAGGCGACUCUCAUUGUAAGGGGAGCAAUGUGGAUACUAGACAGUCACAUGGUUCCCCUACAGGUUGUUUAUUUUUGUGCGCUGAACAGCAGUCAUUUACUUUGUCAGCUAUGUGUGUUCUGCUGUUCCUUAUGAAGUCAUUUGCAAACUGAAAUUCCUUCUUUUUUGUCUCUUUCUUUUAAGUUUGCCUAAUGGUGGAGCACCCGUAUGAGACCAGGUCAGACAGCUUCUAUUUUGUGGACAACAAACUGAUCAUGCACAAUAAGGCAGACUACGCCUACGAUGGGGGCCAGUAG